UGACGUUAUGCAGGUAAAAUCGGGGGAGAGGUAAGAUAAAUUCAUGGUCAGGUAUAAAUAAGAAGCCAUUGGUGUGAGGUCUUUGUCGUCAUUUGACGUUCCGCCUUACUGAGCUACACAACGUCUCUCAUCUGCGUCUCGAUGAAUUGGAAGGAAAGAAUUUGUGUGGUGUUGGGGAUUGUUCUGUGGUCCAGUUAUGCCGUGACUAGUAUUGUCGUUCCGUCGCAGCCUCCCCAGUCGAUGCCUUCUCAGCCGAUGCCUCAGUCGAUGCCUCCUCCGUCUUCGCCUCAGAGACGUCCAACGCCUAUGCCACGACAAUGUCCACCUUUAAUCAACUUCCCAACUCAGUGCCGUAUCAUGUCUCAAUGCUCCGUCUGGUGGGUUGAGUUAAUGAAAUCACCUCAGUCUAUUUGCACAAACCAAGCCGAAUCGCCCAAUUGGAGAGCUUGCUGCCCUGCUAUUGUUGGUGGAAGAAACAGGAUCGGCGCCAUGUCGGAGCAAUCGUUGGAUUCGGAGAUUUUGACUGUUCCCAAAGUCGAACUUGAUAGAGUGGUCAACUACGGCAUGUCAGAGAUCGGUCGUAUUUCCACCAUCGAGUCACGACUUAUGGAUCACAAGGCUUUCUUGAUGCCUGGCUCGACGGCUUUUGCCUACUUUGUUAACAUGAAGCCCAGCGACGAGGCCGCUCCGAUUGGUGAACACGGUUUGAUGGUUACCAAAUCAACACAGAAGCUCAAAGAAGUAAUGAGGUUGUCGAAUGAGGCCGCUGGAAUCGCAACUCAAAAGCUUUCCGUCAAAGAAACUGCUUUGGGUCCUACCUGUAUUCAAGAUCCCGUCUGUCGUCCGUCCAAGUAUCGAACUAUCGAUGGCUCUUGCAACAACUUACAGUCCCCAUUGAUGGGUCGUUCAAACACUCAACUUGGCCGUUAUCUAGCUCCAAAAUACGACGAUGGUAUUUGGGAGGCACGUGAUAUUGGCAUGCCAAAUUCUCGACACGUUCGAACGAUCUUGGCUGCCGAUCACGAUAACUUCCAGAAGGAAACGACCCUUAUGCUGAUGCAGUUUGGUCAAUUUAUCGAUCACGAUAUCACACACGUACCCGUGUUUCAAUUUCCGAAUGGAAGCGGUAUUUCGUGUUGCACUCUAGAUGGCAAGCACCAAUCGAAAGACUUCCGCCAUCCGCAUUGCUUUACUUUGGAUAUUUUGCCGGAUGAUGAGUUCUAUCGUCCUUUCCGUGUCGAAUGCGUUAACUUUGUCCGGUCUAUGGUAGCGCCGCGGUCCGAUUGCACCUUUGGCUACGCAGAGCAAUUGAAUCAGGUCACGCAUUGGCACGAUGCAUCGGCUAUCUACGGAUCGACUCAAUUUCAAUCUGAUCUCCUCCGUGAGAGAAAGGGUGGGCGUAUGAAGACAUUUUCCUAUCAGAAUCGUCAACUGCUUCCACUUAACUGGAACGAUAAGGAUUGCAUUGGUUACAGUAAAGGAUUGCGUUGCUUUCUUUCUGGUGAUUCACGAGUUAAUCAGCUGAUCGGAUUGACUGUUAUGCAAACCGUUUGGCACAGAGAACAUAAUCGAGUGGCUGGAGAGUUGGCUCGUGUCAAUCCAAAAUGGGACGAUGAAAAACUCUUCCAAGAGGCACGCAGAAUUGUGGGUGCUGAAAUCCAACACAUCACUUACAACGAAUAUCUUCCUGUCCUACUUGGUCGAAGAAUUAUGGAGGCAUACGGCUUACUUCCAAGGACUACUGGCUUCUUUAAUGGGUACAAUGAUACAGUCAACGGCAACAUCUUUAACGAAUUCUCCACUGCUGCCUAUCGCUAUGGCCAUUCCAUGGUUAACCAUUGGUUUGAGUUGGUUGACGAAAACGGUGCCACAUACGACAGACUGCACCUAAGAGAUUGGUUCAAUAACCCACAUCCUCUGUUGAAGGCGGACGUUCUUGACGGCGUAAUGCGCGGUUUGACUUUCUCCAAUCCUGAAGCUUCUGACGAUCACUUCGUGUCCGAUCUUACCAACAUGUUGUUCAAGACACCUGAAUCUAAACACGGUGGUGAUCUUAUUGCAUUUAACGUUUGGCGCGGUCGUGACCAUGGACUUCCUGGCUACAAUGCUUAUCGGGAGCUGUUUGGUCUGAGAAAGGCUAGAAAUUUCGGCGAGAUGAAUGAUGUUUUAACUCCAGAUGUUAUUGAUAAGAUGGCGUCCUUAUACAAAAGUCCCGAUGAAAUUGAUCUCUACCUGGCUGGAAUGGCCGAGAAAGUGGAUCCUUCGAGUGGAAUUCUUGGGCCAACUUUCUUGCACAUAGUAGCUGAUCAAUUUGCAAGAUUGAAAGAGGGCGAUCGAUUUUUCUACGAAACCGGAGGUCAAAGUGGCUCUUUUACUCCAGAUCAACUUAAUGAAAUCCGCAAAACAUCCCUGGCCGGGGUUUUCUGUUUUAAUUCGGACGGAAUCAAAAAUAUUCAACCGCUAACCUUCCGACCGAUCUCCGAAAUUAAUCCGAGACUUCCGUGCUCUGCUAUCCCGACCAUGUCCUUCGCACCCUGGAGAGAACCUUGAUUGUUGGUUUGGGCUCUGAAUAUACUGUUUAUUAUUUGUUACAUUGUUAUCACCACACCCGUUUCAAUACAAAAUAUUGAGCUGCGGAA